AUGGCUCGUUUCAUCCCGGCGGCCGUGAAGGCCUCGUUUCUCUUCGUCUGCCUCGCCUCCGCGGUGCUCCUCUCCGCCGCCGCUGCCACUCCCGCAGCAAAUGCGACUGCCGCCGCAAACAAGACUGCGGCCGCAAACAAGACUGCGGGCGCAAACGCGACUCACCCAAACCGUGUCGGGUCUGCCGGCGUGAGCCUCACGUUGACGAGCGCGAGGCGGAGCAACGGCAUGAGCCAGGGGAAGGAUACCACGUGCUCGUACUACGGCAACUACACCGCCAACCCCUUCUUCGGCAAGGGCCUUACCCGGUGCCGCGACAAGCCGGUGACGGUGCGCGUGGUGGGCGAGGUGAAGACGGAGAAGCAGCUGUCGCUGUCCCGCGUGGCAUGGGGGAAGAUCGUGCAGGCCGACAUCGCCGGGGCGCCCGUCAACGUCACGUACGUGCGCACCAACUGCGUGUCGACCGUCGGAUCUGCGGUGCGCGUGCGGAAGAACGCGACGGCGGAGAGUUUCGCGAUUCAGAUGGUGGGACUCGCGGGGCCCGGCACGCUGCAGCUUGUCGAGGCGAGCGCGGACGGCGGCAAGAAGUGGACGAAGCUCGCUCGCGACGGCAGCAAGGCCGUGUGGGUGCUCGCGGGCGCAGAGGCGAAGGCGGUUACCGGUGCGAAGAAGGCGAUGAGCGUUCGCCUCACCGCGGGGCACACGCUGGAAGUGAUCGUUCUCGCUGACAUCAUUCCCGCCGAUUGGAAGCCUGCUACGCUAUAUCCUGCGAAGACUAACUUCAAGAAGCUGAUGCCCGAAGCCAAGUAA